AUGUUGAUUUAUAUCAAACAGGACAAAGCAUCUGAGCACAAUGAGAUCGAGCCCCUGGGUAACACAGAAACGGACUCUUUAAUUGCCCCUAAACCAGUUCCCCGGGAUGGGAUCAAGAGGUUGCUCGGUGCCCUGAGCGCUAGGAGAAGGGGGUUGUCUCAGGGCCCUUACUUCAACGUAUAUGGAGAAAAAGGAGGUGUGGAGCACCGUGGGUCUAGCCCGUUCCCCGAAGGUCCGAGCGACUACGUCUUCAGUCAUCUUCCGCUACACUCCCAGCAACAGAUCCGAGCCCCCAUCCCCAUGAUGCCUAUCGGGGGUAUCCAGAUGGUCCAUUCAGUACCGGUGGCCCUUUCAGGUUUACAUUCUCCGUCCGCUCUGGCCCUGCAGCGGGAAGGCUCUGAGGAGAAGCAAAGAGGAACUGGGGAAAUCCUUACAAAAGAGUCGUAUAGUAUUUCUAAGCCCCACGAGAAACGUACCUCUCCGCACAGCUUACACCCCAGCGCUCCCUCCAGCGCGCCCUCCUCUCCCUUGCUGUUGCUGGCGCAGAGCACGUCGGAGGACAGUGUCAUAGCUACCGAGAGGGAGCAGGAGGAGAACAUCCAGACUUGUACAAAAGCCAUAGCCUCUCUGCGAAUCGCCACAGAAGAAGCCGUUCUGCACGGGGCUGAGCAGCUGCAGAGGCCUUCUGAGCCUCCCCAGAAACCUUUAGAAAGUGCACAUUUUAGCAUUAAACACUUUAGUGGAUCUGAGCCGGGCCAGACCUGUGCCUCAGCCACCCAUCCUGACUUGCACGGUGGUGAACAGGACAGUUUUGGUACGUCCCAGACUGCGUUAGCCCAGCCCAGCUUUUACAGCCAGAGCUUUGUGGACGUCCGGCCCUUGGGCUUUCACAGCAGGAGCGACCCCCCCUCAAGCACACACGAAAGAAAGGAUCCGUCGUCUGAGAAGAGCAAGCCCCAUUGAUCUGAGAUGCAUGGAGACUU